AUGCAACAGGUGGAGUGUUUCACGGUAAAAAAUAUACGCAACUAUUCUGAAAUUGGAGGUGAUACCGGACCAGUGGUUUAUCCAGCUGGACACAUUUGGGUCUACAGCGUCUUUCAUGCUCUAACGAGUGCUGGCAAAGAUAUUCGUACGGCGCAGUACAUAUUUAUGGGUCUCUAUCUCAUUAACCUCUUGGCUGUUCUUCGCUUGUAUUACAAGUCAAGCAGGAUUGCCCCAUUCGUCUUGGUAUUCUUAUGUUUCACUGGGUAUCGAAUUCACUCGAUUUUUGUUUUACGUCUAUUCAAUGAUCCAGUUGCUAUGAUGUUCUUCUAUUUGGCUGUCAACUUCUUCAUAUCUCAGCAGUGGUUGAUAGGUUGCAUACUCUACAGCUUUGCCGUUGCCAUCAAGAUGAACGUGCUACUCUUUGCACCGGCAUUGUUCUUUAUUCUUCUA